UUUUAACCCUCGCCUCCGCGCACGCUCUCACCGUCGCAGAGAGAGAGAGAGAGAGAGAGAGAGAGACGCGAAGGUUUCCCUUCGCCCGCCGAUCUCUCAUCUGAUCUCUUGUAAUCUUUGGAGAACUCGCACCGCAUUCCAUCGAUCUUCCCUUCCAUCUCGUCACUCUUUGUCGAGAUCAAAUCUUGAUUCAGCUUUUUCUUCUUGUAUUCUCUCUCUCUCGCUCGUUCUUUUGAGAGAUCGCUUCUUGAUCGCCGUUGGCGGCGCAACCCUAACCCUAGAAUCGACGAUCAUGACAACGGCCUUCGAUCCCUCCACCCCCGCGUCCGCCGCAACCGUCAGACGAACCCCUGCCCUCUCCUGGAGCCGCGUCGUUUGUGGUGAGCCCCGAGCCGCCGCCCCUUCCACCUCUGACCCCGCCGACCGCCCUCCGACUCCUGGCACUGCUGCCGAGACCGUUGUCGCCGGCCGAACGUCUCCCUCGCCGCCGCUGGAGGCCGCGGAGCGUGUAAACGACGGCAAUGCGGCCGGACAGAGGCCGGGUUGGAACGUCCCGGCGAAUGGGGCGAGCGAGGGGGAUUCCGUGAUGAGCGUCGGCUCCUGGCCCGCGCUCUCAGAGUUGGCCAUGGCCUUCCCCAGGUCAUCCUCCUCCUCGCAACACUCCAACGUCCCCGCGGAUGGAUCGAACGGCGAUCCAGUGGGGUCUGUGAUCGAAACUCCGCCGCCGAUGGCAAAUUCUAACGAUCCUAACCCACGUUCUAGCCCGUGUCGGCCGAAUUCCACACCUAGUUCAAUGGAUACGAGCAGCACUAGCAGUGCUUCAUCGACCAAUAGUGCACCCGUGUCACCUCAACCAACCCCCACCUUGGAGGAGGCCUUUCCCGUUGGUAUGGAAGUAGGCUGGGAACCUUAUUCCAGGGAUCACAAUAGGGUCAAUAACACAUGGGAUCGCAAUCGAGGCAGUGGUUUCGCACCACAGCACCAUAGCGGCAGUGACCGCCAUGGGGGAUACAAUAGAAACCGGCAGCGAAAUAAUGGUGGUGGGGGAUUCCAUCAUGGAAACCAUGGAAGAAGACAGGAUCAUGAGUGGGGAGGCUAUGACUGGAAUGCUUCUCAAGGUUUUAAUGGUAGAGAUCCACAUAUGACUACCCCACUGGUUCCUCAGUGGGGCUAUUCACGGCCGUUCCUUCAGCAAUCCCCAUAUACUCCAGUUCCAUUCAUUGGCAUUCCUCCGCAUGUCCAGCCCUUUGUAGGUGGUCCCAUGGGCUUCCCGGAUGUUCGUUCUGUCUAUUAUGUUGCGCCAGUGCCACCUUUUGAUCCAAUGGGAAAUGUGCCAUCAGUUUCUCAUCAAGCACCAACUGCAGCACGUCCUACUGUGUUUUUAUCCCCAUUGGAUCAUACGCGUAAUAUGUUAAUGAGGCAAAUUGAGUACUAUUUCAGUCGUGAAAAUUUGUGCAAGGAUUCAUUCUUGAGGGUGCAUAUGGAUGACCAGGGCUGGAUUCCUGUCUCCUUGAUUGCAUCCUUCAAUCGAGUUAGGCAAUUAUCAAGUAGCAUACCAUUUAUAUUGGAUUCGAUCCGAGGCUCAUUGGUUGUGGAAGUACAGGAUGAAAGAGUCAGAAGACGCAGCGAUUGGAUGGAUUGGAUUCUUCCUCGAGCGCAGGGGCAAAAUGGUGUUGUUGCUUCUCCACUUGAGUCUCCAGCAACAUCUGCCCACGACCAAAGUCUUGGAUUGGACGAGGGUCCAUCUUACCGAAGCAACACGAUGGGCCAGUCAGGCGCUGAGACAGUACUUGGUAGUAGCUCAGUUGACCGGCUGCCGGAUGGAGGUCCAGUAGAGAGCCAAAUGGGGGAGGUUGAGGCUACUCAGAAUCAGAAUGAUCCAAGUGUGUGAAAAUUUUUUUGAUUUGGGAGAAUGUGGGCAUUCAUUGUGAAUUGGAGAGCAGUGGCGGGACUUAUGGUAAUGUUCCUUUGGUUUGAGAUUUUUGGUACACUCAAAGGGGAAAAAAAAAUAAAAAUAAAAAAAAUUAAAAAUUAAAAAGAAAACAUUAAAAAAAUCUAAAAGGACAAAUUUAGAUGGAAUAGGUACAUGGAAUUUUUUAUUUUUAUUUUUUUUGUCGAUGGUGUUUGUUGGAUAAAUAAUUCAGUUUAGAGUCGUCAGAACUUUUGUUUAGAAUUUGUGGACAGAUGGAUAUGUGUAUAUAUAUCCAGGAAUUUUGAAUAAUGAAAAUGAGGUAGUUUAGUG